UGGUAGAGAGACGUGGAAGGUUUGCUUAGCAGCAUUAUAAACUCGGUUCUCUUACGUUAGUCCGCUCUUACGCCAAGUAACUGGUUUUUAAAUAGAACUUAUCUCUGCUGGAAGGCAGUCUGGGCCUUUUGUUUCAGUUUAUUUUAAUUUCUGGAUCGAGGAUUAGCCGCUUCUGCGGUAGCGGAGACACACUGCGGUGGAGCUUAGAUAUGGACGCUGCUUCUAAAAUCAGAUCCUUUAAAGACCAGAUCAUUUGGAAAGCAGACACUGAAAAGGUUUUAAGUGAGGGACCAAAAAGGGUUCCUGUGGCACAGGUUUGCCACAAGCCAGUGCCUACGCCAAGUCACACGCACGUUCUCACUGCAUCACAAGGGCCACAGCGUGUGCAGCGGCCGCGGAGUCAGCAUAAGCCAGUGGUCAACGGGCCUCCUAUGAAAAAUGCUUCUAGUGGAAAUCAGAAUAUCAGCCCAGCUCAGGCUCAGCCUACAACUCCAGCUCAGGCUCAGCCACAGAGCCAGCCAAAACCCUGUGCUACCAGUGAGCCAGUCAAAGCUGCUGAACCCAGCACACAGGAGAAGCCAAACCAAAAACCUGCCAGUGGAAUCACUGUUGCAUCCAGUGCUGGAAAGAAGCCUUGGAGUUUGGAGAACUUUGAUAUCGGCCGGGCACUGGGCAAGGGCAAGUUUGGCAGUGUGUACCUUGCCAGGGAGCGACAGACUAAGUUUAUCCUGGCCCUGAAAGUACUGUUUAAAAAGCAGUUGGAGAAAGCUGGUGUGGAGCACCAGCUCCGGCGAGAGGUGGAGAUACAGUCUCAUCUCAGGCAUCCUAACAUCCUGCGUUUGUAUGGCUACUUCCACGACUCAGCACGGGUGUAUCUCAUCCUGGAGUUUGCCCCCAAAGGGGAACUGUACGGAGAACUGCAGCGCUGCGGGACAUUUGAUGACCCACGCAGCGCCACUUACAUAAUGGAGCUGGCUGAUGCCUUGAACUAUUGCCACUCAAAGAAAGUGAUCCACAGAGACAUUAAACCUGAGAAUCUAUUGCUGGGUGCCAAUGGUGAGCUGAAGAUUGCUGACUUUGGGUGGUCUGUCCACACACCCUCCUCCAGGAGGUCGACGCUGUGCGGCACCCUGGACUACCUUCCUCCAGAGAUGAUAGAGGGGAAAACCCAUGAUGAGAGGGUAGAUCUCUGGAGUUUAGGAGUGCUCUGCUAUGAGUUUCUGGUUGGACGUCCACCCUUUGAAACAAAGAGCCAUGAAGAAACCUAUCGAAAGAUCUCUAGGGUUGAGUUCACCUAUCCAGCCCAUGUGAGUGAAGGGAGCAGAGAUUUGAUCAAUAAGCUACUGAAACACAACCCCAUGCACAGGCUUCCCAUCCAGGGAGUACUGAGUCACUACUGGGUUGUGGAAUAUUCCACCAAAAUGCCAACUACUUUUACACCAGCUCUUACGACUGAAUAGUGAGGUGGGUGGCGUUGUUUGCUGCUUGAGAUUGCAGCUGCUGAGCGAAAACUGAAACUGUGGGUGAAUGUUGACCUUCGGCAGGAAUCCUGAGCCUGGCUGCCUUUUCUCCUCCCCUUACGUGCUUUUGGGAAUAUCAUCUGCGUUUUCUUCCUCCUUGUGCCAGUCUUGUUUUAGUGUUUCCCCUCUCAUUUUGUAAAUAUGUAACUGUUCACAAUUAUGAAAUGUAAAUGUAAUAUUUUACCUGUUAUUACUUGAAGCAAUAAACUUUUUUGUAUGUUGA